AUGUUUGGUCAUCUAAUAUGAUGAUAUCUGUGCAAGGACGUACUGGAGUACUGUUCCAUUGUGGCUAGGGCUCUUUCUGAAAUAUGACCAGAGGAAUUCUUAAGUGCUAAGACUGACGCUGAAACUGGCCAUAAAUGAGUUAUUUUGCCUCGCUCCAACAGUCUUCCUGUUUCCUGUGAAAUAAAGCCGCGAUUAUUUAUACAGAAAUUCGGUUCAUUUCUAUAAUUUACCGACUACAAAUAUUUUGCAGUUCCCUUUCGGGAACUUUUUUACUCUACAGAGGCUUGGCUCCCAAGUCCUUUUGCAUGAAUCCCGAAAGGGGUUUGAAGGUGUUACAUUGUCAUUUGUAAGAACAUCAGACGACAGAGACGCUCAGCCUUUUCUGGGUGUAUUCGGAAACGCUCCAGAUUGGUGACACACCGGUCUUUCAUUUUUAAUGUGGGUACACUGCUCUCUCCUCUUUAGCUAAUGGGUCAGACAAGGACAUCUGUCCUAUUGCACCACGGUAUUACAACCACAAAAUAAUAUCUGUAACGGCCUUCUUGUAAUAAAUAUGUUAUUCCAACAUCCUCAUUGGUUAGUUGUUACCCAUGUGACAUUUCUGAUAUUAUGAUGUGAAUUUUAACAACAUAAAUUACAUAAUCAAAACAAAUAAUCUACGGGACAUUUUAUCCUAGAUUAUUCAUAUAAUUGUAUCCCGGAUCAUCAUUUUGUGACACAAUAAUAACACCCCAAACUCCUCCUCGGCGUGCUUCACUAACGAAACCCCAAACAGUUAUUCCGGCCCCUUUUGUAAUCUCCGCCUUUGGUUGCACGUCGGAACUAUUUCUUAGUCGUAAACAGCUGCUUCCUGUAUUUUAUCAUUCUCGGAGAGAGGGGCGAGAGGUGUUCUGUUAAAGAAAACGGGGGAACAAAUACAGGAUUUAGAACAAACAAACAAAUAACAAAUUAAAACACGGCCCCAGUCUGUAAGAAAAAAGGAGAAGCAAGCGACUCGAUCAAGCAUAUGGCGCCGCCGACCCGGAGAAGCAGAGUGGUUCGCUGUAUCGUAUAAGAAAUAAAAACAGGAAAAGUUCAAUUAAAAAUUGAAGACGCUGUCUCAAACUAACGUCUUGACUUUUUAAAAUGUUGUUCCGUUUUGUUGUUUUAGUAUUUUAUCUCCCUUCUCGUGAGCUGGCGUGAAUAAAUCAAAGCGAUGCGUUACUUCAGUUGAACACCGAGUCCGCGGCAUUAGUCUUGACAGAAGUUGUGUCUUGGAGAGUAAAGUGAUAUACUCAUAAGGAAAACAAACAAACGGAAGAAAGGAAAACAACCCACCAGGAAACCAUGGUUUUCGCGUGAAGAGCGUGCCUUGUGCCGGGAUUUUAAUGGGAGGCGGGCUGCGUCGCGGAGAAGCUUGUGGGCGAGUGUUCUUGCGCAGGAGACGGAGGUGUCGAGGGGCGCAGCCGGGCGGCGGGCCUGAAUGGAGUCGCUGGCCGGGUACGUCUACAAGGCGGCGAGCGAGGGCCGGGUCCUGACGCUGGCCGCCCUCCUGCUCAAUCACUCGGAUGCCGAGACCCGCUACCUGCUGAGCCAUGUCACGCACCACGGCGGGCAGAGAUCCACUCCGCUCAUCAUAGCAGCGCGCAAUGGCCAUGCCAAAGUCGUGAGGCUGCUGCUUGAGCACUACCGAGUGGACACCGAGCAGACGGGCACCGUGCGCUUUGACGGGAAGACAUUCGGACCACAGGCUGUCUAUGUGAUCGAUGGUGCCACGGCGCUGUGGUGUGCCGCGGGGGCAGGGCACUUCGAGGUGGUGCGCUUGCUGGUGAUGCGCCACGCCAACGUGAACCACACCACCGUGACCAACUCCACGCCCCUGCGCGCGGCCUGCUUCGACGGGCGGCUGGACAUCGUGCGCUACCUGGUGGAGAACAACGCGGACAUCGGCAUCGCCAACAAGUACGACAACACCUGCCUGAUGAUUGCGGCCUACAAGGGCCACACGGACGUGGUGCGCUUCCUGCUGGAGCGCGGCGCCGACCCCAACGCCAAGGCGCACUGCGGGGCCACGGCCCUGCACUUCGCGGCCGAGGCCGGGCACCUGGACAUCGUGAAGGAGCUGGUGCGCUGUGAGGCUGCCAUGGUGGUCAACGGGCACGGGAUGACGCCUCUGAAGGUGGCGGCCGAGAGCUGCAAAGCGGACGUGGUGGAGCUCCUGCUCUCGCACUCCGACUGCGACCGCGAGAGCCGGAUCGAGGCCCUGGAGCUGCUGGGGGCCUCCUUCGCCAACGACCGCGAGAACUACGACAUCCUCAAGACUUACCACUACCUGUACCUGGCCAUGCUGGAGCGGUACCGGGACUCUGCCAACGUCAUUGCCAAGGAGGUGCUGCCCCCCAUCGAGGCGUACGGGGGGCGCGGCGAGUGCCGCACCCCGCGCGAGCUGGAGGUCAUCCGGCAGGACCGUGAUGCCUUGCACAUGGAGGGGCUGAUCGUGCGGGAGCGCAUCCUGGGCUCCGACAACAUCGACGUCUCGCACCCCAUCAUCUACCGCGGUGCCGUCUACGCGGACAGCAUGGAGUUCGAGCAGUGCAUCAGGCUGUGGCUGCACGCGCUGCAGCUGCGGCAGAAGGGCAGCCGCAACACCCACAAGGACCUGCUGCGCUUCGCCCAGGUCUUCUCGCAGAUGAUCCACCUGAACGAGCCCGUGCGGGCGCCCGACGUGGAGGAGGUGCUGCGCUGCAGCGUGGUGGAGAUCGAGCGCAGCAUGGCGCGCGUGCAGGGCUCCCCCGAGGCCGAGCUGCACACCGCCCUGGACAACUACGAGUCCAACGUCUUCACCUUCCUCUACCUGGUGUGCAUCUCGACCAAGACGCAGUGCAGCGAGGAGGAGCGGGCGCGCAUCAACAAGCAGAUCUACAACCUGAUCCAGCUGGACCCUCGCUCCCGGGAAGGCUCCUCCCUGCUGCACCUGGCCAUCAACUCCAACACCCCCGUGGACGACUUCCACACCAACGACGUGUGCAGCUUCCCCAGCGCCCAGGUCACCAAGCUGCUGCUGGACUGCGGCGCGCAGGUCAACGCAGUGGACAACGAGGGCAACAGCCCCCUGCACAUCAUCGUGCAGUACAACCGGCCCAUCAGCGACUUCCUCACCCUGCACUCCAUCAUCAUCAGCCUGGUGGAGGCGGGCGCCCACACUGACAUGACCAACAAGCAGAAGAAAACGCCGCUGGACAAGAGCACCACGGGCGUCUCCGAGAUCCUCCUCAAGACUCAGAUGAAGAUGAGCCUCAAGUGCCUGGCCGCCCGCGCCGUGCGGCUCCAUCACAUCAGCUACAAAAACCAGAUCCCCAAAACCCUGGAGGAGUUCGUGGAGUUCCACUGAGAUUGACGAAACCAAUAACUUGGAUCUUUUUUUAUUUUUUUUUAAAAAUUGAAACCAUUGGUGCUGGGGUGAAAAAAAAAAAUAACAACAGAUGAUUAAUGACAAUAAGAGAGGUUGUUUCAAAACAAUUUUAGAUUAUUUUUCUUUUUAUUAUGUGAUGAGCAUGAAGUAUAAGCAACCAGUUUCCCCGAAAAGGCAUGCUAACCUCUUGGGUGACGUCUCCCGUCAGGUGUUUCUGAACAGCGGCGUGUUUUGAUACAGUGUUGUGUGCAGACAGAGAAUGGGGCAUGGAGUUGGCAUGAGAUCCCUCUGUCAUCGCUGGCGUGUCCUGAUGAAUCCCUUGUCACAGAGCUUUAACUCCAGUGUCCGCUGUGAAGUCGGGCUUUCUCUACACUUAGUGAAACCAUAUUGCUCCAGGUUUAGAUUAUUCAGCUUUUGUCGGAGUGUAAUGGCUAAUGGACGAGAGGCAGAAGAGGAGGAGGAGAGGAGCAUGACUGCCUCCCACUUCAGCCCUCAGGUCCUGUGGGAGCUCAUGCCCACUGGUGUUUAUGGGGGAGUUCGACUGCGUCAUCCAGUGCAGUGUUUAUUUUUAUCUGUACACUUAAUGCCUUGCUUUAGAGAAAUACCCUUGGGGAGCAACUUUAGGAUGCAUUUGGCAUUUCCUAUAAAAAUUCACUUAAAAUCUUUUUGUGCAUGAAGUGAAGUGUACUCGCACUAGAGGAUGAGCCCAGUCUGAUGCCUUCAUUGCCUUCUUGAAAGGGUUCAUAUUAUAAUUAGAAUUAGAAUUACAGCCAUUGCGUUCUUGUCUGUAUUAUUUGACUGGAUUGGUUUUGAACAGGUAUUACUUUUAACCUUUGAAAGAUUACUGCCGACCUUGAGUUAGAGCUUUGUGAUAGUGGUAACAUCUGUUGAAAUAUUUUUCUGCUUCAAAAAUCAUUUUAAUUCUGUGACAGUUCAGUUCCUAGAGAUUUGCAUUUUGUUUUGCUUUUCUUUCUGUAACUGGAAGGGGCUUGUUUCUAAGAUGGCAUUAUGUUUGAUCCCAUUUGGAGAUACUGGUAGCAGAUCUGGUGCGAGGGGCCAGAAUAUUCAGAGAAUUUAUUUUCACAGAAAGCUUUAGUGUUCAAAGCUAGACAUUUGGAAAAAGUUUUUAAAGUACCUGUAUUACACACACAAAGUGAUUUUAACACUGUUAGUAAUUUUUAACAACUGUAGUUAGACACAAGGUCUUAUCACAGACUGGAGAACCAAUGCAAGAAAUGCAAAAUCAUCUUAAAUCAUUUAGAAUGUAAUAAUGCUUCCGUGAGUCAACACAAAUCUCAGGUUUGAAGCUGUGUAGCCUUGUCAAUGGUACCUGAGAAGCAAAAACAAAUAUAAGACCAGCACUGCAGUGUAAAUGUUUUGUGUAAUUAAUAUUUCAGGACUAAUGCAAACAGAAGGCAGUAUUUCUCCCUGGAGUUAUCCAAACACCAAGGCUGGUUCUGUGUCAGGGUCUGGAGGCAGGUUUCAUUGAGUUGAAGCACAUGUCAGAUAUAGGGAUGGAAGUAACACUUCAGUGUCCUAGGCAGUAUAAUGAGCUCUGAUCUGUUUUACAAGUUGUACCAAUGGAUUCUCAAGGCAGACUUGUCUGCUGUUGUCUCCGUUUAUGUUUGUGCUUAUUUAUUCGAUGGAGGUCACAUGGGGUCUGCAGUUUGAGGUACUGCCGGUUUUGGAGGCUGUUUUGCAGGGGUGUUGGGGGUUUAUUUCCACUGUUCCAGAAUGCAUGUGCAAGCACUGCAUGUGCAAGUCUGGGCUUGGCGUGGGCAGCUCCAGUCCUCUAGGGGCUAGGCCCUGCAGGUUCACUGGAACUUCCUCGAUCGCACAUGAUCAAGACCUGAAGAACCGGGGGGAUCUAACUAAUUCGUUCAAUUCCAGAAGUGGAAUAAAAACCACAAAACCCUAUGGCCUUUGUCAGUAGUUGCCCAUCCCCGGUAUAGAUAAACACUGAAUCAGAUGUGUACACCUGUUUGCCGUCUAGCAGGAUAUAUUUGCCCCGUGCCUCAACACUGAAAGGAGUGUUAACCUGGUCUGUUUGAACUAGUAAUUCAGUUAGAUUGAGAUUACGUGUAUUAAGAGACAGAAAACUCUGUGGCUCCCAAGACUUGGUACUUGUUAGUCUGCACCAGACUCAUUGCUUAUUUUCUUUUUUUCGUACCGUACCCACUUGGAUUCUUCAGCCCAGUAUGUAUUUUUUUAAAUAUGUGUUUUAAUUACAGAUUCAAUUUAUAAUUUUUUUAAAGGGGUAAUCAGUCCCUAAAAUCAUUCACCAGGCACCCAGAGCUUCAGCUCCUGUCUGCAAAUAUGCCCACCACCCACACUUGCGUGGCAGGGCUGCAAGUGAAUUGUGCUGCAGCUUGUUAGCCAUAUGGUGCUCCAAGGGCUGGAGGCUGUGUGGAGACCAGCUGCUCUCUCUCCCUGGCAGCCGGAGCUCUGCUUGACCACUGGCAAGGUGAGGGCAGCUCUGAGAGGUUAGAGAUGAAUGCAGUGAUGAACAGCCCCAAGCUCAGGACACGGAAUACAUGUGGAUCGUAUCGCUGGGCUGCACUUUAUUCUUAUAACACAGUUUUUUAAAUUAUUUUUAUCCUUAACAGCAACAGAUUUUUUAGAAAUGUUCAUUUAAAAAAAAAACAUUUGAAAAUAUUUUUUGAAAUUCAAUAGUAAAAAAACAAAGUAAUUUCUUAUAGAUUCACUCAAGUGGAGAACCGUUUCAGAGUCCUUUUAAUUUUCUAAAAGUCCUGUGGCAUUUCUACCUGUGGAUCCAAAGACAUAAUUUUUUUUAACGUGUUGGCUACAGUUCGAGUCUCUGUAAAUGCAUGUAAUGUGCAGUGAAACUUUUACAUUUAGGUUUCCGUGCUCAUGCCUGCAGCGAAUGGUGUAUAAUUCUCCUUUUAAGCCCUAACCUGUCCUGUGCUGAAUAUCUGUAUCAUGAGCUUAGUACAGAUACAUCUUGACGUAAAGGGAUGCAUGUGUUCCAUUCUCGACCCCGUGUUUUUGCAAUGGAAAUAAAUGCUGUGUUGUCUUGCUGUUCCGAAAGAGCAAAGCUUGUUUCGGCCGGAUAUACCUGUAAACAUAACAGGGCAAUCUCCAUUUCUUUUGUCAAAUCCCAUGUAACCAGCGAUUGUAUUGUAAUUAGAUUUUACAGAAAUGUUUUUGAAAAAGGCAUUAAAAAUGAAAAAGUGC